AUGGCGCCGGCGGUGCUCGCGCGGCUGCGGCGGCUCCUCCCCGCGGCCCCGCGGUCCGGUCGCACCCCGCCGCCGUCCCGGGCCGCGCAGACGGGCGGGGCUGGAGCCCCGCGGCCGCGCCGCGACCUCUACGAGGUGCUGGGGGUACCGUCCACGGCGACGGCGGCGCAGAUCAAGACGGCGUACUACGAGCAGUCGUUCCGGUACCACCCCGACCGCAACGCCGGCAGCGCGGCCGCGGCCGCGCGCUUCGCCGCCGUCAGCGAAGCUUACCGGGUGCUCGGCAGUGCCGCGCUGCGCCGCAAGUAUGACCGCGGGCUCCUGAGCGCCGAGGAGCUGCGCGACACGCCCCGGCCCUCGGGCCGCCCCGCUGCCGCUGCCCCGCCGCCGCCCCGCGCCCCCGCUGCCCGCACGGGGCCCGUGCCGCCACCCUUCGACUUCGAUGCCUUCUACCGCGCGCACUACGGGGAGCAGCUACAGCGGGAGCAGCUGCUGCGGGCGCGCCGGGACCAGCUGCGCCUACGGCGGGAGGAGUCCGCGGCACAGGGACGCCUUAGGGUCGUCUCCGAUUUCUCCAUCGGGCUCCUCUUCUUCCUGACUGUUGCCAUGCUCUACAGCCUCAAGUGACAGCGGGGCCGCAGCGGGGCUGGGCAGCCCCUGGAGCGCCCACUCAGCUCUGAAAUGUCACCAGGAGGCUUGGCAGCGGGCUGGGGGUGCGCCCUGUGCCUGCCCUUGGCCGACCGCCUGUGUCUGCUGUUCAGGCCAUGACGUUUCACUCUGCCAGUGUGACCUUCAGGGAUGGUGUAUGACCAGCAGGCUUCGUAAGCUGUGACCUGGCUCCUCUGCCAGCAUGACCUUCAGUGCCCCUGGCUGGCACAGGAUGUGACCUCUGGAUACCCUCAGUGUGCUCUGGUCCACAGACUGGGCUAGGCUGUGCUGUCCACACAGCAUGACCUUGCAGACGUGGUGAAGGAAUGCUGCAGGCUCUUGAUGUGCCCCCGCAGCCAAAACCACCUGCAGACACAGUGCCUGACAAGUAAACACAGUUCCUGGACUGUGGACUGGGAGACGUCCCCUCCUUUGGCACAGCUCUGUGACCUUGGUGUGCCCCAGCUGCCUGUUGUGAGCUGCAGCAGAGAUUAAAGGCUGUCAGAGGUGGUGUG